GAGGGAGGGAGGGAAGGAGAGGGUUUCCCUGGUACAUGAAGACGGACCGUCCAAAAGGCCAAAAACAAAAAAUUGAAAAAACAAAAUAAUAGUUGGCUGCAAGGAAUGAGCAAAUGAGGACCUGAGCUAAUCUAUAUUUCCUCGGAUAUUCUCCUCUGUUUUCUCGAUCCGGAACCCUAAUCCCAACCUUAUUAUAUCGCUGAUCGCCGUCGAUGAUGCCUCUAUUCGAUUAAUUCAGCCUUCUAUCGAUCGACGGAACAAGCCAUGCCGUCUCACGCGGAUCUAGACCGGCAGAUCGAGCAUCUGAUGGAAUGUAAACCUCUAUCGGAGGCGGAGGUGAAGGCUUUGUGCGAGCAGGCACGGACUAUCCUCGUCGAGGAAUGGAACGUACAGCCGGUUAAGUGCCCGGUUACCGUCUGUGGAGAUAUUCAUGGGCAGUUCUAUGAUCUCAUUGAGCUGUUCCGGAUCGGAGGAAAUGCACCAGAUACCAAUUAUCUUUUCAUGGGCGAUUACGUAGAUCGUGGGUACUACUCAGUGGAGACUGUCACUCUUCUAGUGGCAUUAAAAGUCCGUUAUAGAGACAGAAUUACAAUUUUAAGAGGAAAUCAUGAGAGCCGGCAAAUAACUCAAGUAUAUGGUUUCUAUGAUGAAUGCUUGAGAAAAUAUGGAAAUGCAAAUGUCUGGAAGUAUUUCACCGAUCUUUUUGAUUAUCUACCUCUCACAGCCCUGAUUGAGAGUCAGAUUUUCUGCUUGCAUGGUGGACUCUCGCCGUCUUUGGAUACGUUGGACAAUAUUCGUGCCUUGGAUCGUAUACAAGAAGUUCCGCACGAGGGACCAAUGUGUGACCUCUUGUGGUCUGAUCCAGACGAUCGAUGUGGAUGGGGGAUAUCUCCCCGGGGAGCUGGCUACACAUUUGGACAGGAUAUUGCUACUCAGUUCAACCACACCAAUGGACUUACCCUUAUCUCAAGAGCCCAUCAGCUCGUAAUGGAAGGGUACAACUGGUGUCAGGACAAGAAUGUAGUUACGGUAUUCAGUGCCCCAAACUAUUGUUAUCGAUGUGGUAACAUGGCGGCGAUACUAGAGAUUGGGGAGAACAUGGAUCAGAAUUUUCUUCAAUUUGACCCUGCCCCACGGCAAAUUGAACCUGACACCACACGCAAGACUCCUGACUAUUUUUUGUAAUCUUUAUAUCUUUGCCACUAGUUGGUGAUGCUUCUUGUUUUCUGCUGUGUUUGUAGAUGUGUCUUAGAAGGGAAGAGCUUUGUUGUUAAGUGCAGAGAGAGAGAGAGAGACAGAGAUCAUUAUCAUUCUUUUGUUUGGAAUUAUACUGCUGCUCCCAAGCUGUUCUUAGUUAGGGAACUCGGAAUUUGGAAAGGCUUUAACUGGGAAUUUGUCUUGUAUUCUUAAAAAAAAGGAAGCAGCAAUAACAAGGUCUCUUGUUUUAUAGCUUACGUUCAAUCAUCAAUGGUCAUUUGUAGAUGGAAGGUUGAUUCCAAAACUAGUCUUUUAUGUGAAGUUGUUAACUAAUCAAACGAAGCCGUGAACAUUCGUUAUUAA